AUGUUUGUAGCUGCAACCAUGUCCUCCCCAUCACCCCAAGGCAAUUCGCCUUCGCCUCCUCCCGCGCCUUCCUCUGCUCCUCUAGGACAUCCGGAAAUAACUGUCGAUGGGCAGCAUCUCCUUUCUCAACUCGAAAACACCGCAACGCUUGGACGUGUGUCGUCAAGGACGAACGACGUUCCGACAAUCGCUCAAGGAUUGGCCACCAUUCAACCUGGACCUGCCAACUUGUUGAACCCCCUUGGUCACCACAUCACAAGGGACGUUGACACAGACGUUGAUCAUGGACCAGGUGGCGCCAGUGAUGCCAGGUCGGUAUCGUCGGGCCGUUCGUCGAAAUUCGGGUUCAGGAAACGUUUGUCGAGACUUUCCAAGGGAGACCCUAAAGUCAAAGAGACUGUUCCCGCUUUGGCAGCCUCAUCAGCGCCUAUUUCACUGGUUGGAACUGAGGGAUGCAUCCAGUCUGUCGCACCUGACCGUAACGCCGUGUCUGUCUCGUUGGGACUGCACUCACCAGUACAAUCCGCAGGGAUGUUGUCCACGCCACUCGCUGUCCCGGCUACUCAGCCGCAGCCGAGUCCCGCUGGGAAUGGAACCCUCCGCGUAGACAUCUUCCCUGAAAACGUUAUCAACCCCAUCUACAAGACCGACUUACCCAAGCCGCAUGCUCGUGUUGACAAGACCCCACAGCUUGUCUACUGCUGCAGUCUCCUCUCCAAGGCUCAAGAACCGUUACCACCGACCUCGGACAGCGAUGUCUCCCAAAAUUCUCCCCUCGACGACAAAGAGAAGGAAUGGGUUCAGCUCAUUGGUCCCGUUCUGCAGGACCGAUAUCGAUGGCUUGUCGAGCAAUUGGUCAGAGCGUUUGCCGAGCACCCACUGAAGGCAUCUGAUGUGGUCACCGAGAUCGUUCUUGUUGGUCCCGUCCUUGACCGUGACACAUACCGCAGCCUGCUCUCAUGCUUCAUCUCCAACUUUGAGCAAGCAACACCGCUGGAUGUCACUCUUCUUCAAGGUCUUGUGCAAUUGGUCGAGUGCGCCUCAUCUGGAUACCUUGUUGACGAUGAUCUGGUCAGGAUCACCACCGUUCUCUCCAAGGAGCUAUCAAUCACCCACAUUGGCACGAACGAUCACCCCUUGCACCUGACAUUGUCGCUCGCUCGAGUUCUCGAUGUGAUGGUGACUGGCGAGGUUAAGGACUUGAACCGUGAUCGAGACCAUCGGCCGAUGCUGCAACUCCUGGACGGCCUGAAGAACAACAACAAUGUUAUCCAGAGGUACGAGGCAACCUACGCCUACCAGGCCCUCCAGUAUGCACCAGAUAAUGAGACUCCGCUCCAGGUGUUGUGGAGGUAUGCCAAGGUUACAGCGGCAGGCGCGGGCGCAGUGUCGAGUGUUUUCAAGUUGGAUCCAGAAGGGCUCCUCAAAGGCAUCGAGAGACUUCAAGAGAUCGGUACAGGGGUUGUGGGAGCAGUUAGCACAGGAAUUGAGGUCGUCGAGGCCCUUCGUGUUGGUGCCGAUGGAGUCGUUCGCGCAACAGAGAGCAAAUUCGACUUUAUGAAGAAGCGCUCGUGGUAUCUCGCCCUCCAAGGAACGGCCCUCUUCAUUCACCAGGGACGACUUUCGGACUUUAACCUAGUCGUUAGCCAAGCGCCUUGCCGCCACAACCCCAAUUUUCAGUGGGGAGUCUGUCGCCAGAUCGGAGAGAUUGUAGUCGACCCGCUCUGGGAUAUUCUUAUCCGCCAGCAGGCCGUUGACUUUCUGGGUGAACUAUACAGAGGCGGCUCUGACUGGAAACCGCAUGUCGAUGUCAAGCGCUGGAUUCUCACCAUCCUCAUCCAGAUCUCGGGGACGUCGGAUGUCUCUAUCAAGGAUCGCGCUGGUGCUUUGCUGCUGGACCUGAAGAAGGGCGGUAUCGUCGAGUAUCCUGGUUCUUUUUCGCUAAGCAGACGCCUCCCUCUGCCAACAGCCUCUCCACUUCUCGCUCAGGUCCAAGAGAUCAUCAAAGUCGAAUAUGACCUGCACGUCUUGAGGUUGAUGAGGAUUGCCGACUACAAGCAGGCGGUUUACAUCGACCCCAUAGCCAAACUCAACCUCCAAGACACAGACGACAAUCUGUUCCCUCUUAUGGACAAGGUUAGAGACUUUAUUGCCAGCAGCUCUCAGGUCAUGCUUGUUCUUGGGGACUCGGGGGCCGGAAAAUCGACAUUCAACCGGCACUUGGAACACGAGCUCUGGCAGGAGUACAAGGCAGGAGGUCGCAUCCCGCUUUUCGUCAACUUGCCAUCCCUCGAGCGACCAGAGAAGGAUUUGGUUGGGGAGCAAUUGAGGACCUACAACUUUUUGGAGGACCAGAUCCGUGAGUUGAAGCUGCACCGCCAGCUUAUAUUAAUCUGUGAUGGAUACGACGAGAGCCAGCUUACAUCGAAUCUGCAUACCACCAACCUCUUCAACCGAUCUGGUCAGUGGGACGUCAAGUUACUCAUUACCUGCCGCACUCAGUAUCUCGGACCGGACUAUCGAGGUCGCUUUGAGCCCAAGGCGGUGGACCAGUAUGUUAAUGUUGCCAAUGACCUUUUCCAGCAAGCCGUCAUUGCCGCGUUCAGCAGGGAGCAGAUCGAAGACUAUGUAGAGCGUUAUGUUCCUCUCGAGCCGCGUACCUGGGUCAAGAAGGACUACAUGGAUAAGCUAGAGGCUAUCCCCAAUCUGAUGGAUCUGGUCAGGAACCCAUUCCUCCUUACCCUGUCACUGGAGGCCCUUCCUACUGUCGUGCAAGGGAAAAUUGACCUCUCCAGACUUCGAGUUACUCGUGCGGAACUGUACGACACCUUUGUGAGGCACUGGAUGGGUGUCAACAAGCGUCGUCUGCAGGAUCAAAAGUUGAGCGAGAGCAGGCAGAUAGCGCUUGACAUCCUCUGUGCCGACGGGUUCGAGCGCCACGGUAUUCUGUACCAGAUGGAUCUGGCGACAUCCAUCUUUCAGAAGCAGGAUGGCAGACCUGUUGUCGACUACUCUCAUAUGAGAGACAGGAAGACAUGGAAGGCUCAGUUCUUUGGUCUUGAUCCUGAGAGGGCGCUCCUUCGAGAUUCCAGUCUGCUGAGUCGCGCCGGCAACCAAUAUCGCUUUGUUCACCGCUCCGUGUUGGAAUACUUUUUCUCUCGUACCAUCUCUGGACCCGUCAAGGAGCAUGAUGAAUUUUAUCCGCCUGUCCAUUCUGGAACUCCUGCUCCCUCGCCCACCCUUAGCACCCAUCCGCUGUCCCAGAGGAAUCUUGUCGUAGAGCUCUCGAUCAUCCAGUUUCUGGCGGAGCGCGUGCAGCUGGACUCUGGAUUCAAGGACGAGCUCCUCGCCAUCAUUGAACUGUCCAAGACCGACGGCCAAGCAGCGCAAGCCGCUGCGAACGCCAUCACGAUCUUGGUCAAGGCAGGAGUACGAUUCAACGGUGUUGAUCUUCGGAGUAUUCGAGUUCCUGGAGCGGAUAUCUCUGGUGGAGAGUUCGACUCGGCACAACUGCAGGAAGCUGACUUGACGGGUGUCAACCUCACCAAGAGCUGGAUUCGUCAGGCGGACUUCAUGAGAGCGCAGAUGAAGGGAGUUCAGUUCGGAGAGUUGCCGUACCUGAAGGAGAACGAGUCCGUAUUAUCAUGCGCCUAUUCGCCUGACGGAACAUCUCUCGCUAUAGGUCAUUAUCUAGGAGGCAUCAACAUUUACGACACCUCGAUAUGGACACUGGCUCGCACUUUUCAAGGGCAUCAAAGUCGUGUUAACAGCAUCGCCUAUUCGCCUACCGGCCAUCAACUUCUUUCAGGCAGCUACGACAAGACAGUACGAUUGUGGGACUGCGAGAGUGGGUCGUGCAUUUUUGUUCUAGAGGGGCAUAUCAAGGAAGUGUUGACUGUGGCGUUUUCGCCCUCUGGCAAGCAGGUCGCGUCGGCUGAGGAGGGCAAGACUGUGAGGCUAUGGGAUGUUCAGACAGGCGCCAAUCUAUUCAACUUGACAGGUCAUAGUGCGUUGAUUCGUAGCAUUUCCUACUCACCCGAUAGACAUAUGGUUGUGUCUGUUGGCGUUGAUGGGGUGAUUCGGUUCUUUGACAUACAGACUGGACAGCCAGGAGAAGUCUGGGAGAGUCAAUGUGGAGAGGUGAAAAGCGUCGCAUUCUCUCCUGACGGCCUAGAGAUUGCCGUAGGGCAUGGUAAUGGCGAGUUACUGCUCUACGAUACAACUACCGGCAAGCCAACUAGGAAUUGGAAGGCUCACGGCAACGUAAUCACAGGUGUGAGCUUUUCGCCGAACAGCCAAUGGAUCGCCACAUGCAGUUGGGACAGCACGGUGAAGGUCUGGAGUGCAGCAAAUGGAUCGCUUCUUUCAGUCUUCGUCGGCCAUAGUUCUGACAUCUUCCAAGUAGCAUUUUCGCCAAAUGGACUCCAACUUGCCUCGUGUAGUUUUGACUGCACUAUUCGACUCUGGGACGUGAGCUCACUGGGGACAGGCAUGGACGUGGAGGGUGGAUCCGACCCGUUGACAAGCGCAUUUUUUUCUCCAGACGGUCGAGUUCUCUUCUGUGGUACCAAGUCGGGAGCUGUGCGACAGUUUGAUGCAGGAUCUGGAGAGUCUGGUCUCGCUAUUGUUUGCGGAGACAGACCUGUCAAGUGCAUAGCGGUCUCCCCGGAUGGUCUUCGAAUCGCGUCAGUUGGAAAGUACGGCGGUGUCGUCACUGUGUGGAACACUGGAACAGGUCAAGCCGACAUUGUCCUGCGUGGCCACACAUAUGAGGUGAACGCCGUGGCUUUUUCAGCCGACAACCGCUGGAUUGCCACGGGAAGUGACGACAUGAGAGUGCGACUUUGGGACGCUCGCUCAGGGAUACUCGACCGCGUGCUUGAAGGUCAUACCCAUUUUGUUGUUUGCUUGGUAUUCUCGCCGAACAGCCAUCGAAUUUUGUCGGGAAGUCAGGAUGGAACUAUUCGAGCCUGGGAUUUGGACAGUCGCUUGCUUCGCUCGGUUUGGCUCUGGAAUUUUGCGUCUUACAACACAGCAGAGGGAGGAGAAGGUCGAGGAGAGUGGAGGUGUUUGGUGCGUAUCCGAGAUAUCUUUGGAGAUGUCAAGAGCAUGGCUUGGAAACCUGACACGCUGGAGUUUAGCAUCGGAUGCGCGAAUGGGUCUCUUCAAGUGUGGAAACUGGUGGAGACGUCGUCGUCGUCGGAUGCAUGGUCGGCCCAGUUGGUUUGGAGCGCUGGAAAUCCUGUUCUAGCUGCCUCGGAUGCCAUUUUUGCCGGCGCUGUUGGUCUCUCCUCAGCCAAUCAGCAAUUGCUCACUCAACGUUGCAAGGGUACUGCUGCUUAA